GGGCAGGCGGAGGCGCCUGGCACGGACCCGGCUCAGGGCGGCGAGCGCCGGGGCGGCUCGACCGAUUUCCCUCCCUCCUUUCCGUCCCCUCUGCCGGCGCCCGGCUCGGCAGCGGCUGCCGGGCGGGGCCGCCCCGUUCCCGUGGCAACGCCCGUUCCCGGGCGRCGGCCAUGGGCGGCUGGGCCGCGGCGCCAUGGCGGCUUGGUGGCUGCAGCGGGCGCGGCGGCCUCCGCGGCGCUGUGCGGCGGUGGGGCAGCUCCCGCCCCGGCGCUGGGGACCCGGCGGCGACCCUGAGCGACCUCCUGCAGAGCUCGGUGGAGGCCGAGGAGCCGGGCGAGGCGGCGGUGAGGCGGGAGUGGCGGUGCCCCCGGGAGGGCACGGUGCUGCUCUUCCCCGGGCAGGGCAGCCAGUUCGUGGGAAUGUGCCGCGGGCUGCAGCGCUACCCCGGCGUGCGGGACAUGUACCGCCUGGCCGAGAAGGUGCUGGGCUACGACCUGCUCUCCCUCUGCCUGGAGGGGCCGCGGGACGCGCUGGACCGCACCCAGCACUGCCAGCCCGCCGUGUUCGUCGCCUCCCUGGCCGCCGUGGAGAAGCUCAACCACCAGCAGCCUGAAGUGGUGGAGCGCUGCGUGGCGGCCGCCGGCUACAGCGUGGGGGAGUUCGCGGCGCUGGUCUUCGCUGGAGCCCUGGACUUUGCCGAAGCGCUGUACGCGGUGAAAGUGCGCGCCGAAGCCAUGCAAAAGGCGUCGGAAGCUGUUCCCAGUGGAAUGCUCUCGGUUAUCGGUCGGCGAGAGGCAAAUUAUAAAUUUGCCUGCCUGGAAGCCCGUAAACACUGUGAAUCGCUGGGUAUAGAGAACCCCGUGUGCACAGUUUCAAAUUAUUUGUUUCCAGACAGCAGAGUCAUUGCAGGACACUUAAAGGCUUUGGAGUUUUUGCAGGAGAAUGCCCGAAAAUAUUAUUUUAAGCGUGCAAAAAUGCUUCCAGUCAGUGGGGCUUUUCAUACCAGACUUAUGGAACCAGCAGUAGAGCCUUUGGCUGAAGUCUUAAAAUCGAUUGAGAUUCAGAAACCACUGCUCUGUGUGUAUUCCAAUGUUGAUGGCAAAAAGUACAUGCACUCAAAGCACAUUCAGAAGCUGUUAGUGAAGCAGGUGGUGUCACCAGUUCUGUGGGAGCAGACCAUGCACUCAGUGUACGAAAGAAAGCAAGGAACGGAAUUUCCUUACACCUAUGAAGUAGGGCCCGGGAAUCAACUGGGAGCCAUUCUCAAACAGUGCAAUUUAAAGGCCUGGAAACAAUAUAAACAUGUAGAUGAUCUGGAAGAUGAGGAAACAGCGGAAAUUUAACUAACAUUUUGAGAAAAACCCACACAACUUAUUUUUUCUGAUUUAAAACAUGCUCCCAAAAGAGGAAGUCUUAAACAUUCUUGGCUUCUCAUGUCAUAAGGAGCACUAUUUGCRUAAUUGCAAUGAACAUUUUCCUUUGAGUUCCUCAGGUGUGGAAGGGGAGAGCAAAGUUUGGCUCUUCCAUCUGUUUUGGGACUGCAAAGCUAUCCACAAACAGGCCAAAUAGCAUUGUUCAGCCUCAAUCCUGCAAGCAUCUUUCCCUCUCUGUUUUUUUGGUUUGGUGUUUUUUUGGGGGGUGUUUUUUGGGUGUGGAUUCAAGUUACAGUUGGUAGCCGUGACUGUGGGGUGCAGGGAUCUUCUGCAGGAAUGCAGGGGUAGUACCAGGCUGUUGGUUCCAAGUUGUGSAGGACUUUGUUCUGGGCUUGAGGGUGCAUUUAAAGGAGCCAUUUGUUGAUACUGCUUUCAGUGUGUUGAUAUUCCUGUUUUSUAACUCAGCUGACUUUGUGGGAUGUUCAUCUAUGUAAAAUUCUCUUAUUUUGUAUCCAUAAUUGCCAGGUAGCAGCUGGGUAAGGCAGAAGAUGUUACUAGAAAAAUUAUUUUCCUAAAGUUAAACUAUAAAUAAACUAUGAAGUUUUUCUUGCUAUUUUUAUGCUUUGGGGUGCAUCAUUAUUGGCUCUGUCUACAUGGGGAUGUAAGUAACUUUCACUCCAGUUUUCCAGUGCCACACUGUUUGUACUAAGUUAUACAAGAAAUGUUAACUGGAAAAAAAAAGCUUAACAAAAUUAUUAUGUGCAUUUCCUGGCAGCAGGAAAUGAUGAGCUGGAGAGCAGCAGGGUUGCCCCGAACCCUCCUGAAAAGAGCUUCCCGGUUCCCAUUUGUAUUUUGGUAUUUCAGUGCUGUAUUUUAUUUCCUUAUACAUUUACAGAUGUAUAGGAAAAAUUUAGGAUAUAUUACUUAAGUCAAGUGACUGACCAUGCCUUCAAUAAUGUAUUCUGAAAUGCAGGAGAACUUCCUAAUACAGUAUCACUCAUUCUGUAAUUUCACAUUUAUGAAAGGGAGAGUGAAUUAAAAACACUGGCCUUGAUUAUCAUUGCUAAGUGGACUGUUAUUGAACAGUUCUUUCGUGGACUGCUCUUGCAGUACAAAUUCCACUUUUACCAUGUGUAAACAUUAACAGUUAGUAAAAUACUGAAGAAUUUGUCAGCUUUCCCAUUGGACUGUUAGAGGCUGAUGAUUAUGGGGUGGAAUUACUGUAAAGAAAAUUAUUUCAGUGAAGGAUCCUGCAUCACAGGUAAGGUGUUAAUUAUUCGGUAAAGCAUACCAUAGUUUUCAGUUAGAAUUAUUGGUUAGAUUAUUGCAACUAAAUCCCAUUCAUAUUAUUAAACACUGGAUUAUGCUGUGUUAGAAGUUUCUGACCAUGUCUUGCAAGAACAAAUGCAAGUGACUUUCAAACCAGCUUUUAUGUUAGUUGGAACUAAGCAUGGUGUGUUGGUGGCAUUAAUUUUAGUGCUUUAAAUUUCUGGACUCUUUUUAAUUAUUAAACUUCGCUGAAAAUGUUAGAAACAUUUUUGUAUUUGUACUAUUCUUGCCAUAAGUUUUUUCUUUUCUUCCCCCCCCAUUUCACUUUGUUGUACUUUUUGC